CAAGACAUUUAUUUUGUAAUCUCUGUGAAUUCAAUUGUUUUUUGUAAAUUCUUGAACUUUUUAGAACAAAUCACAAAAUUUGGGUAUAUUAAGUUUCAAGGUGUAAAAUAAGAAAUAUGUCGACACCACCGCGCGAAACUAUCCAGAAACAAAUCCAACAAGAUUGGGCCAAUAGGGAAUACAUAGAAGUGAUUACAGGAAGCAUAAAGAAAAUUACCGAUUUCCUCAAUUCAUUUGAUAUGUCCUGUAGGUCUCGCCUCGCCACAUUGAAUGAGAAACUAACCUCACUGGAGAGGAAGAUAGACUACUUGGAGGCAUGUGUAACUAAAGGAGAAACGCUGACAUAAUCUUGCAAUGGAUUUGCAAUCUUUAUUUUAUAUUAUAGCAAACUUAUUGCCACAAACACUUAUAUGAUGACACUGCCCUAAGGUAUUGAAAAUAUAAAUUGUAAUCAUGACGUUUUCCCAUUUCUGGUUGCUUCAAUAAGUCUAGCCAAUGAGGUUCUGUACAAUAUUCAAUUGACUCCAAGUGUAUGUACAUUUUAUAAAUUAUUUUUAAGCUUAAAUAUCAUGUAAGAUUUAUUUUGUAGCUUUUAAGAUUUUUACUUUGUAAUAUUAUUUUUUCUUAGUUUACAUAAUAUAGUAUGUAAAUAAGCAAA